AUGUCAUCCUCAACUACAUACUUUUUUCUUUUAUUUCUUUGCUUUUCCUUGCAUGCAUGCAAUGCUGGUCGGAGGAAUCUGGACUCUCUUGAUAAGAAGAUGGAGAAGAAACUUAACUUCUCUCUUAAGAUUAUUGACAAAAAUGGUUUUGAUUCCUCGCCGAUGAAGGUUACCAAAGGCGAUAACAAGAUGAAGACUAAUGAGUUGGUUGGUGAUUCGGAGAAGUCGAAAAACCGAAAAAGUACUAAUCGGAGAAUGUUAAAAGGUGUAGGAAAAGUUUCAGCUCAUGGUUUACAAACAAAAUCUCAUGUUUCAGUUUCAUCAUGGCGUGUGCCUCACAAGAAGAAGCAUAGUGAGAAACAUCCUGGUUUUAAUUUGGAUUAUUCACCACCUAAGACUCACCCUCCUUCUCACAACUAA